AUGUUAAAUAAAAAUUUGAUACCUGUUCACAAUCUGCCGACAGAAUUUAAUCCUAAAUUCCGUCUGGACUUGCUCGAAGUUGGCGAUUGUGGCCCACUUCAAGCCUCCCCGACCCACUACGAUGACCCGUAUCGUCACGUCCACCCCCCCCCCCCGCGUUGCGAACUCCAAGCCCAAGUCAAAUUGGGAGAUAAACUCCCAGCCGUUAUUCGUCUGACAGAAAAUCAGGAGCUGAAGGUGGAUAACCCUCCCUCACUGGUGAGGUCGAACCCAUCGGCCGUACCGUUGAUUGCACAUCCAGCCACUGCCAAGUCAAUUGAUAAGGUGGUCAAUAUCAUCAAGGGAGUGUGGCUUCGUGAUAAUACAUAUUGGUAAUUUGUUCCGGCUUAAUAUGUGCAUUUCGUAGAUCUAGGAAACGUUGAAGAGAAAUAAAAGUUAUGUCUGCCUCGAA